UGAUUAAGUCUGAGUUAUCAUAUGAGGUCGUCAUUAUCAAAACUAUCUGGCUAGCCAUUCGGUGACAUACGUCUUACUAAUUAGAUUCCAAUUAGCAAGAAUAGUCCAAAGGUUGAUUGAUUGAUACCUUUUGUAACUUUUUCAUCCAUAACAAAAUAAGUAAUGGCUGUAACUCGAGAGAAAAUCCUGGCCAGUGCUAAAGAUUUUCUGUCUUUUAUUAAUAAAUCUCCUUCCCCAUUUCACGCUGUGGAUGAAGUUAAAAAAGCCCUUGUUUCAAAUGGUUUCAAAGAGUUAAAAGAGGCAGAACAAUGGAAUGUAGUCCCUCUUGGAAAAUACUUUAUCACAAAAAAUCACUCAACAAUUAUAGGGUUUGCUAUAGGAGGGAAGUACAGACCAGGCAAUGGUUUCAGUGUGGUUGGGGCUCACACGGACAGUCCAUGUCUCAGGGUAAAGCCAGUGUCUAACAAAGUCAAGCAAGGAUUCUGCCAGGUUGGAGUGGAGUGCUAUGGUGGGGGGAUCUGGAAUACAUGGUUUGACAGGGAUUUGACAGUGGCAGGCAGAGUCUUGGUCAAAGAUAAGAAUGAUGAAAACAUCAGCCACCAUCUGGUUCACAUUAAUCGUCCCAUCCUUCGCAUUCCACACCUGGCCAUCCACCUACAGAGGGAGAUCAACGAAAACUUUGGCCCAAACAAGGAAAAUCACUUGUGCCCCAUUUUAGCAACAUGUGCUCAGGCAGAGUUGGAGGGGGACAAAAAAUCCACCAGCUCAGAGGAAACAGAACCCACAGGGCAGGCAGCCAAACAUCCCCCUACACUGGUCAAGAUUCUGUGCCAGGAGCUCAAGAUUGAUCCAAGCCAAAUGAUGGAUUUUGAGUUGUGUUUGGCAGACACACAACCUGCUGCGCUGGGCGGAGCCUAUGAAGAAUUUAUUUUCUCACCUCGGCUAGACAAUUUGUUCAAUGCUUAUGCAGCUUAUAAGGGACUGCUGGAUUCCUUAGGUGAUGGAAGUCUGGAGACUGACCCAAACAUUCGCAUGAUCAGCUUGUUUGAUAACGAGGAGGUUGGGUCAGAAAGUGCCCAGGGCGCGGGGUCGAUGUUCCAGGAAAAUGUCAUGCGUCGCCUCAGCUCCAGUGCCGAGAAGCUGACGGCCUUUGAGGAAUCCAUCGCCAAAUCUUUCAUGGUCAGUGCUGACCAGGCUCAUGGCUGUCACCCCAACUACUCAGAGAAACAUGAGGCCAAUCAUCAACCAGAGUUCCACAAGGGUAUUGUCAUUAAGUUCAACUCCAAUCAGCGUUAUGCUACAACCAGUAUUACUGCUACAAUCUUGAGGCAGGUGGCUAAGAAGGUGUCUGUGCCUCUUCAGGAUUUUGUUGUACGCAAUGACUCAACCUGUGGAUCAACCAUUGGACCAAUCAUGUCUGCCAAACUUGGCAUGCAGACAAUUGAUGUGGGAGCGCCACAAUUUGCCAUGCAUUCCAUCAGAGAAACAGGGGCCACAACUGAUGUUGUACAUGCCAUCAGACUUUUUGAGGGAUUUUUCCGCUUCUACCCAGAAGUUCAAGCAUCACUCAAGUUUUGAGAUUUCCUCAUGUAACUCAGUGCUUAGUCAGAGAUCAAAAUUUUUACUGCUGAUUCCAAAUUGCUUAGUGAAUACUCAGACCUGUACUCAUCAACAACUCCCAGACCUUUGCCUUCCUGGGACAAGCCUUCAAAGCCUUGUGAUAACAACUAGCAGUUUUUUCUCCAUUUAUCUUUUCAACUUGAGUAGUAGAUAUAACAUAAUUCUUUAUAGACAUCCAUCAAAAGAAGUUAAAAGCCUUUUUGAAUUCUUGUUUACUUAAAGUUUAAAAUAGGACAAAAUUUUUAAUAUCAGGUAGUAAUUAUUUAUUUACUCUUUACUUAGAUGUUUUUGUGUAGAGUUAUGUAGAUUUGUUUUUAUACACUUUCAUUGUAUUUUGUAUGUACUAAAAAUAUGUUCACGAGAAAAUAAAAUCACACAAACUUUGUUUUGAAAA